AAUCAGUUCUGCGCAGUGCUGCGUAUAAGCUAUUUUGUUGUUUUUUGUUGUAGAAAAUGUGAGAAAAUGAAGAUAAUGGGGGAUCUAUUUGUGAAUAUUUAAGCUACUGCCGCUUGACAUUCUAUCAGGGCUCUCUGCAGUUUACAUUUCUUUGAACAAUACUAUCUUUAUGGGAAAUGUGGUUAUCCUUGCGAAAACUACAACACCCAUGCGUACCAACUUCUUUAUCACGAGCAGAAAUCUGUGUUUACACAAUGUCCUCGUUAGAAAUACUCUUGAACAAGUAACGUUAUCUAAUUUUCAACAAGGUUUUUACCGGUAACUACAAACAUGAACACCAUUUUUGCAGUACUUCUUGUUUUUGUUGGGUGCUGCAGCAAUGUUGUGUUUCUGGAGCUACUUGUAAGGUCAGUUAUCAACUCUGAACUCAUUAACAACUAUUGACUGCACUAGACUAGGCUACUAGCUUCCAUGGUUAAAUUAGGUUCAAUCUUUAGAGUAUUUCUGCAUUCUUUGGUUGUAUAGCUAAGAUGCUGUUGUGCUUACAUUACAGUAAUCUAUUAUGUAGGCUAGCAUAUUUCCUAAUAAUUGAUGCUAUUCAUGCACACUUUUAUGCAUUAUUCUACUCCCAGAGAGUUCCCAGGAUGUGGCAACAUUGUGACCUUUGCUCAAUUUGCCUUCAUUGCAUUGGAGGGAUUCAUCUUCGAGACGAACUUUGGAAGAAAGAAACCAGCCAUCCCCAUGAGGUAGCCUAAUGUCUGAGAAUGUAGCUACAGUGAUGGAAUUAUUGAGCUGUCUGUCUAUCUAUAAUUGUGUUGUCUGUCUGUCUGCGUGUCAGUCUGUUGGUCCGUCUGUCCGUUUGUCUGUCUAUCAGGGAUGAGAUGAGAAGCACAGUUUUAAUUCAACCUUUGUGUUUAUUUCUUCUUUAUAGCAACUAUGUGAUCAUGGUAACCAUGUUCUUCACUGUCAGUGUGAUCAACAACUAUGCCCUCAACUUCAAUAUCGCUAUGCCUCUGCACAUGAUCUUCAGAUCUGUAAGUAUAUCAAUUUCCUUAUAGCUUAACUUUAACUUAAUAUCUGAUGCCUCAUACCACCUAUUACCAUCUAAAACCUCUUCUUGGUUGACUAAUUGUGUGCUUUGUGUGUUAUAUCUCCACAGGGAUCAUUAAUAGCUAACAUGAUCCUGGGUAUAAUAAUUCUGAAGAAAAGGUAUACAUCCCUGCCUAAUAUCUCUUGACUUGGCAGUCUUUAUAUACCCCAACCCCCCCUCUCUCGCGUCACAAACCCUUUAUACUCGUUUAACAUGUUAGAAUGUAGAUGUUGCUAAAAAGACACCUUAGAACCAUUAUUUUGAUAGAUGAAUGGUUUGCUCUUCAGUUGUAUUAUGUGUUGCAUUCUGGGAAUGCGUUGCUGCUUUUGUCACUAUUUUGCAUGCACAGACUGCUGUUAUAAUUGUGAUCUUAUAGCUUAAGUAAAACAUCUGGUUAUCCAAACUCUGAUAGGGAGGUUCUAAAACCAUGUACUGCAUCUUUCCCCUGCAGGUAUUCAAUGAGUAAAUAUCUCUCCAUAGCGAUGGUGUCUCUGGGUAUCUUCAUAUGCACCAUUAUGUCCGCCAGACAAGUGGUGAGUUCCUCAAUAACAUGUUUCUGUUCAACCACACACUUUUCUUCCUUAUAAUGUGCAUUGUGGGUCGCAGCUUCACAGUUGUCUUGUAGCAGAGUUGUUAAAAACAUUGUUACACAGUUGCUACACUUUGUUACACACCUACAGUACAUGUUCAUGGUGUACAGUGAGAUCUUUAACUCAACACAGAACAACUUAAUAAGUUAUGCUGUGCUAUUUAGUGAACUCUGUUUUUCCUUGUGCAGAACACAGGGGCCGAGGGCUCAGAGGAACAAGAUGUUUAUGCCUUCCUGCAUUGGCUGUUAGGUAAGUUUGCCAUGGACUGUUGGGUGUGUAUAGGAAUGAUUUGACUGAGUCAUCACUCCCGCUCAGCCAGAAGUCUUUGUUGACGACACAUUUUUGAUAAAGAGAUCGUUACCUGAGCCCAGACAAGUUGGGACUACCUUUUAACUGAGAACUGGCCACUUAUUGUUUCUGUUGUUGACAAAGGCUUGAGAUAAGCAUGCACAACUCUUUGACUAUUACAUAAAUAAACCACACAUUCAUGUCAAUGGGAAAUGACUUGACUUGCACAAAUUCUAUUUCCGCCUGCAGAUCUCAAGAAUUCCGCCCCUGGUGCAUUACCUAUCCCAUUCCCUGGUGCAUUACCUAUCCCAUUCCCUGGUGCAUUACCUAUCCCAUUCCCUGGUGCAUUACCUAUCCCAUUCCCUGGUGCAUGACCUAUCCCAUUCCCUGGUGCAUUACCUAUCCCAUUCCCUGGUGCAUUACCUAUCCCAUUCCCUGGUGCAUUACCUAUCCCAUUCCCUAUUUAAUUUUAACAUGCUAGCUGAUCCCGAAGACUUCCAGGCAUUGCGCUAACACUAGUUGGCAUUGGUUCGUGAAACAACCUCUAAUUUCCUUCAUACUGAGCGCAGAUACAUAAAAAUGGUAUCCACAAGUUCAUCUGACUCUGGGGAGACAAGCUAAACAAAGCAAACUUCCUUCAGUGUUUGAAAAGAAAUGGAACCCACUCAGCCCCAGCCUGAUGUGCUCUCUCUCUCUCUCUCUCUCUCUCUCUCUCUCUCUCUCUCUCUCUCUCUCUCUCUCUCUCUCUCUCUCUCUCUCUCUCUGGUAUCAGUAACUCAACCAUGAUCCACCUGAUUUUCUGACCUAGGUUUGUUGUUAUUCUAGGGAUCGCCAUGUUGACCUUUGCUCUGCUCAUGUCUGCGAGAAUGGGCAUCUUUCAGGAGACCCUGUACAAGCAGUAUGGCAAACACUCCAAGGAGGCUCUCUUCUACAAUGUGAGUGUCAACUAGGGACGAGAUGAUACCAGUAUCGCGAUACUCUUUACUAAUGUGGCAAGGAAACAAAACGCAAAGUGGAUUUAACUUCUUUAGGAAAAUAGCCCUAAUGUUGUCAUCCAGAGUCACAUUUUAUUGAUUUUUUCAAGCUAUAGCACACAAUAUUUUACAUACAACAAGAUUUUAAAGAACCAAUGAGUUUCGUCUGCUUCGUGUUUUCAUUUUUACAAUGAAAAAAAUAUUGCAGUGCUGGUAUCAUCACAGCCCUAGUGUCAACCCCAAACUUCUGUAUGCAAUGCAUUUCAUACCUAACAGAUGCCGUACACUUCUUCAGGCAAAGUAACUAACAAAUGUGAUUGUCAUGUAUCCCCUGGCAAUGGAGAUUAAAAAGCUUUGCUUCUCUCACAUAAUGCUCCACCAUACAAUAGUACAAAGCUUAAUCCUUAACAUUUGCUGCAAAAAGAGUUGCUGCAUUUUCAGUGUUUUGUCUGCAUUGCUUGAUUUGUACUGUACCUUUAUGUAUGUCUAUUCUCUGUGUAUUUAGUUUCCUGGACACAGAUGAAGCUUAGUCCUGGACCAAAAAACACUUUCAAUGGAGAUUCUCUUUUGAGAAUGUUUUCUAGUUUAAGACUAGGCUUCAUCUGUGUCUGGGAAACUGGCCCAUAAUCUCUGCCAUUGUAAUAUGUUUUGUUGUUGCCCUCUCAGCACUGCUUGCCUCUUCCUGGGUUCCUGCUGCUGUCCUCAGAUAUCUACAAACAUUGUGUCCUCUUCAGUCAAAGCAGUGAGUUAAAACACAGUCAAAGAUUUGAAUGAAACAUGUCAAAGUAUCCUGAUUUCUUUAUGUAUUUCUAUCCCAGUUGGAGGAUUCUCUUCCUGCUUAUUCCUUCAUGAUUCCAGAAAUCCUCUGGGAUUUCAGAAAAACCUGGAAAAUUAACCAAAUUUUACAACUCGUUCAGUGUAGUGAAAGGACUUCAAACCUCAAUAAUCUAAGGUUAAGUUUGUUGUUGUCGUCUUUGCUGACUGACGUAAUUUACGCUUUGUUGAAUCUACACUGAACAAAAAUAUAAAUGCAACACGUAAAGUGUGGGUCCCAUGUUUUAUGAGCUGAAAUAAAAGAUCCCAGAAAUUUUCCAUACGCACAAAAAGCUUAUUUCUCUCAUUGUGUGCACAAAUUUGUUUAUAUCCCUCUUAGUGAGCAUUUCUCAUUUGCCAAGAUAAUCCAUCCACCUGACAGGUGUGGCAUAUCAAGAAGCUGAUUAAGCAGCAUGAUCAUUACACAGGUGCACCUUGUGCUGGGGACAAUAAAAGGCCACUCUAAAAUGUGCAGUUCUGUCACACAGCACAACACAAUGCCACAGAUGUCUCAAGUUUUGAGGGAGCGUGUAAUUGGAAUGCUGACUGCAGGAAUGUACACCAGAGCUGUGCCAGAGAAUUUGGCAGUACGUCCAGCCGGCCUCACAACCGCAGACCACAUGUAACCACACCAGCCCAGGACCUCCACAUCUGGCUUCUUCACUUGCGGGAUCAAGCCCCCUGGACAGCUGAUGAAACUGUGGGUUUGCACAACUGAAUAAUUUCUGCACAAACUGUCAGAAACCGUCUCAGGGAAGCUCAUCUGAGUGCUCGUCGUCCUCACCAGGGUCUUGACCUGACUGCAGUUCGGCGUCGUGACUGACUUCAGUGAGCAAAUGCUCACUUUCGAUGGCCACUGGCACGCUGGAGAAGUGUGCUCUUCACGGAUGAGUCCUGGUUUCAACUGUACCGGGUGUCGUAUGGGCGAGCGGUUUGCCCCAUGGUGGCGGUGGGGUUAUGGUAUGGGCAAGCAUAAGCUACGGACAACGAACACAAUUGCAUUUUAUUGAUGGCAAUUUGAAUGCACAGAGAUAGCGUGACGAGAUCCUGAGGCCCAUUGUCGUGCCAUUCAUCCACGGCCAUCACCUCAUGUUUCAGCAUGAAAAUGCACGGCCCCAUGUCGCAAGGAUCUGUACACAAUUCCUGGAAGUUGAAAAUGUCCCAGUUCUUCCAUAGCCUGCAUACUCACCAGACAUGUCACCCAUUGAGCAUGUUUGAGAUGCUCUGGAUCGAUGUGUGCGACAGCGUGUUCCAGUUCCCGCCAAUAUCCAGCAACUUCGCACAGCCAUUGAAGAGGAGUGGGACAACAUUCCACAAGCCACAAUCAACAGCCUGAUCAACUCUAUGCGAAGGAGAUGUCGCGCUGCAUGAGGCAAAUGGUGGUCACACCAGAUACUGACUGGUUUUCUGAUCCACGCCCGUACCCUUUUUUUAAAGGUAUCUGUGACCAACAGAUGCAUAUCUGUAUUCCCAGUCAUGUGAAAUCCAUAGAUUAGGGUCGAAUGAAUUUAUUUAAAUUGACUGAUUUCCUUAUAUGAACUGUAACUCAGUUAAAUCGUUGAAAUUGUUGCAUGUUGCGUUUUAUACUUUUGUUCAGUGUACUGUGUAUAUACACUACCGUUCAAAAGUUUGGGGUCACUUAGAAAUGUCCCUGUUUUCGAAAGAAAAGCUUUUUUUUUGUCCAUUAAAAUAACAUAAAAUUGAGCAGAAAUACAGUGUAGACAUUGUUAAUGUUGUAAAUGGCUAUUGUAGCUGGAAACGGCUGAUUUUUAAUGGAAUAUCUACAUAAGCGUACAGAGGCCCAUUAUCAGCAACCAUCAGUCCUGUGUUCCAAUGGCACGUUGUGUUUGCUAAUCCAAGUUUAUCAUUUUAAAAGGCUAAUUGAUCAUUAGAAAACCCUUUUGCAAUUAUGUUAAGCACAGCUGAAAACUGUUGUGCUGAUUUAAAGAAGCAAUAAAACUUGCCUUCUUGAGACUAGUUGAGUAUCUGGAGCAUCAGCAAUUGUGGGUUCGAUUACAGGCUCAAAAUGGCCAGAAACAAAUAACUUUCUUCUGAAACUCGUCAGUCUACUCUUGUUCUGAGAAAUGAAGGAUAUUCCAUGCGAGAACUUGCCAAGAAACUGAAGAUCUCGUACAACGCUAUGUAGUACUCCCUUCACAGAACAGCGCAAACUGGCUCUAACCAGAAUAGAAAGAGGAGUGGGAGGCCCCGGUGCACAACUGAGCAAGAGGACAAAUACAUUAGUGUCUAGUUUGAGAAACAGACAACUCACAGGUUCUCAACUGGCAGCUUCAUUAAAUAGUACCCGCAAAACACCAGUCUCAACGUCAACAGUACUGAACUGUAAGUCGCUCUGGAUAAGAGCGUCUGCUAAAUGACUAAAAUGUAAAUGUAAAAUGAAGAGGCGACUCCGGGAUGCUGACCUUCUAGGCAGAGUUGCAAAGAAAAAGUAAUAUCUCAGACUGCCCAUCUUAAUCUUUUCUUUUUAUUGGCCAGUCUGAGAUAUGGCUUUUUCUUUGCAACUCUGCCUAGAAGGUCAGCAUCCCGGAGUUGCCUCUUCACUGUUGCCAAGAGUGUGCAAAGCUGUCAUCAAGGCAAAGGGUGGCUAUUUGAAGAAUCUCAAAUAUAAAAGAUAUCUUGAUUUGUUUAACACUUUUUUUGGUUACUACAUGAUUCCAUAUGUGUUAUUUCAUAGUUUUGAUGUCUUCACUAUUAUUCUACAGUGUAGAAAAUAGUAAGAAAUUAAGAAAAACCCUUGAAUUAGUAGGUGUGUCCAAACGUUUGACUGGUACUGUAUAUAAUAGUAAAGAAGUGACUUUACAUGUUAUGUCUGUUGGUGUCUGUCUUUCUUGUAAUCUUAUAUUGAGUUAUUGUCCUCUUGUUGUCUUGUUGUUCUCUUGUUGUCUUCUUGUCUUCUUGUUGUUCUUUUGUUGUCGUCUUGUUGUUCUCUUGUUGUCGUCUUGUUGUCCUGUAGCCUAAAUGUCAUUUGUCUUCCAGCUCCUGUAGAGAUUACUGUGAUUGGCCAGGCUGUUCCAGUGAUGUGGCUAUACCUACUGGUUAACGUAAUCACACAGUAUCCUUUUUAUAAUACUUUCACAGUAUUGUUGCAAUUGUUGAAUUGGUUUUUAAGGUAGACCUAAAGACUAAACAUAAUCGGCAGUAACAAAUUAUAAAUACAACAUCAUGGACAAAAAUCUCAGAAAAGUGUGUCGUCACUCACGUCACUCCCCCCCACAAUACUCUUAGUUUAAUAAGAUUAGUGUAGAGACCUGUUUUUAUACAACUGUAAGAACAACACACUAUUGCUGACCUCUCUGCAUACUAGAAGACUGUGAACAUUCACCUUAAAAAUGUAAGAUUGUACAUAGCACUCAUGCAAGGAUGUAGAAGAGCCCAUCAAAAAAAAUGCAUAUACAUUUUUUAUUAAACACAUAACAUCAUCACCCUCUUGCAGUCCUUCACCUUCUCCUCAGAUACGUGUGUAUCCGCGGCGUGUUCAUCCUGACCACAGAGUGUGCCUCUCUCACCGUGACCCUGGUGGUCACACUGAGGAAGUUCAUCAGCCUCAUCAUCUCCAUUCUCUACUUCAAGAACCCCUUUACCGCCUGGCACUGGGUGGGCACUGCCGUUGUCUUCCUGGGCACCCUGAUCUACACAGAGGUCUGGACUAGCGUCCGCAUGGCACUGAGAGGAAAAGAAGAGCUGAAAGAGAAGAAGGCGGAGUGAUACGCAGCACCGACGUAUCACUCAAUGACUCUUUUUUUUUUCACUUAAUCUUUCCUCAAUUCCUUGCAUC